AUCUGGAGAGGCUGGGCUCUUGUCGCGGAUACUCAGAUAACGUGAAACUCGGCCAGGGAGAGUCAUCUCAGUCUGACGGACAGGAUUGUUUCCCAACAGAUUGGUUCUUUCAUAGGUCAAGGUGGCUGUCCCUCAGGGCAUGAGAAAAGUCAAGCAGGGACAUACUUGGUUUGUAUGUCUCCUCAGUUCUGUGUGAAUAACAUCAGAAAAGUGUCUUGCUUUUGAUGGUUAGUAUUUCCAGAACUUGGUUUGGAGUGACGGUAGAUUAUUUGUGGCUGAUUAUUCUUUUCUGCUGCAGAAGACAUCACAUUUCUGUCUCUGUUAGGAGCGGGAAGAUAAUGUAUUCUGUCUUGAUGGCCUUGAAGAGCAGUUGUUUUUUUCUUGAUUUAAGCAGUCCUUAUCCAAAUGGCUGAAAUAAUUAUGACUAUAUUUUCUCAAUUCUAAGGUGGAUGCUUUCCCUCAUGUACAAUCUUCUAAAAAUGGGAUGUAUUUUAGAAUCAUGGGUGCUUUUUUAUAUAUAAAUAAAGCUUUUUCUGUUGGCAUUACUGAAAUUAGUGUGUCUUACAAUUGAUGGUGUCUUAGAAUCGAAGAAACAUGGUAUUAUUUUUGAGGAGCGAGUGAGGGCUUUAUGCAUGCUGUAUUUUAUCUGGGAAUUGAUUCCAACCUUGAAUGCAAUGAUUGAUGCUCAGCUCACAGGCAGCCUUUACUGCUGCUUCAUUAGACCUAAGCUCCUGGUUUUAACUAAACUUUAAUAGCUCUGCUGCUUCCCGCAGCACACUUAAACCAGGUGAAGACUUUUGGCCUGAUUACCUUAUGGGUUGGACUACCUGUGGGUUUUUUCUAGGGUUUGGGCAUGAGAAUUCCAGUAUGUAAACUAUGUGUGUUUAGAAAUUGAGAUGGUGGUGGCAUCGAAAAAGGGCAGAAAAGUGGCAAGGGAGGGCUGUUGUGAGCUGAGAGACGGGGUGUUCCAGAAUCUGGCAUCCAGAGUGGGAGGAGUCCUCUUGCAAGCAGGAAAGUAUGACAAGUGGGACCUGAGAACUAUCUUGCAUCCCAAGCUUUGCUGGGAUGGGUUCCUUUGUAGCAAUGUUGAGUUAAAGGGGGGAGUUUAAAAGGGAGGUAUGUGAAAGUUGGAGAGCCUUAAGGGUGACCAAAAUUACCUAAGGUUUGGAAACCAAGCCCAAUUAGAAGCUGCUUGGGGAGCUAGGUAUGUUUAUGUUUGACUCACAGGAAAGAAGGCUGAGAGAAGGGGACAUUAGCCAUGUUUAAAUAUUUGAAAGGAUGUCACAUUGAGGAAGGAGCAAGCUUGUUUUCUGCUGCUCUGAAGACUAAGACACAACGGAGCAAGAGAAAUCAAACUGAGAAAAAGAGAUUCCACCUAAGAAGAACUUCUUGAGGAAUGAUAACUGAUGGUGAAGACCUCUCAGAGGCUUUCUGACUUCCUCUCCCCAUGUGAAGUAUGCUGAGAACCUUUCCAGUGCUUCUGCUGGAAACCAUGUUUCACUAUACUGACGAGCCCAGAUUCACCAUAGAGCAGAUAGACCUGCUUCAACGCCUGCGGCGCACUGGGAUGACGCGGCACGAGAUCCUCCACGCCUUGGAGACCUUCGACCGGCUUGACCAGGAGCACAGCGACAAGUUUGGGCGGCGGUCCACCUACGGGGGUGGGGGAGGAUCCUGCAGCAACAGCACUAACAACGUCCCGGCGUCUUCCUCCACGGCCACGGCUUCCACGCAGACCCAGCACUCUGGGAUGUCCCCCUCGCCAAGCAACAGCUACGACACCUCCCCGCAGCCUUGCACAACCAAUCAGAAUGGGAGGGAGAGUAGUGAGCGAUUGACUGCCUUCAAUGGGAAGAUGUCGCCCACACGCUACCCGCUGGCAAACAGCAUGGCCCAACGGUCGUACAGCUUUGAGGCCUCUGAGGAGGACCUGGACGUUGACGACAAAGUGGAGGAGUUGAUGAGGAGGGACAGCAGCGUGAUAAAAGAGGAAAUCAAAGCCUUCCUGGCCAACCGGAGGAUUUCUCAAGCCGUUGUUGCACAGGUAACAGGGAUCAGUCAGAGUCGGAUCUCCCAUUGGCUGUUGCAACAGGGAUCGGACCUGAGCGAACAAAAGAAAAGGGCCUUUUACCGAUGGUACCAGCUUGAGAAGACAAACCCCGGGGCGACGUUAAGCAUGAGGCCGGCCCCCAUCCCAGUGGAAGAACCAGAAUGGAGGCAGACGCCUCCCCCAGUCACAGCUACCUCGGGGACCUUCCGCUUGCGGCGGGGCAGCCGGUUCACCUGGCGAAAGGAGUGCCUGGCCGUCAUGGAAAGCUAUUUCAACGAGAAUCAAUACCCUGAUGAGGCCAAGAGGGAAGAAAUUGCAAAUGCCUGUAAUGCAGUGAUACAAAAGCCAGGGAAGAAGCUGUCCGACUUGGAGCGGGUAACCUCCCUCAAAGUGUACAACUGGUUUGCCAACAGGAGGAAGGAGAUCAAGCGGCGAGCCAAUAUCGAAGCAGCAAUCCUGGAGAGUCAUGGGAUAGAUGUACAAAGUCCCGGAGGCCAUUCCAACAGUGACGACGUAGACGGGAAUGACUAUUCAGAACAGGACACUUGGCAAGUACGCAAUGGGGAGGAGGAGGGACGAUGUACAGAGGGAGGCAGAGAAGCAGAGAAGGUAGAAGAAGACAGGAGGAUCAGCUCAAAACAAGAUGACAGUACUAGCCACAGCGACCACCAAGACCCUAUCUCACUAGCUGUGGAGAUGGCAGCGGUCAACCACACCAUCCUGGCAUUGGCCCGGCAAGGAACCGGCGAGAUCAAAACAGAGGCCCUAGACGACGACUGAUGAAGCGACGGAGGGGGAGGGCUCCGAACCGGAAAAAACAAAACGGAAAAAAAGUAACUUAGUUUUAGACGUAGCACCUUAGCAGCCUUUUUUCCUGGUCCCUAAAUAUGUGUUCUUCUUAACAGUAUAACUUUGCAGUCUCUUGUACGUCAAGUUAGCCGUUUAGGGUCUCGUCCUGUGGAGAUGGCAUUGUGCCCUCUUGAGUCUGCGUAUAAACUCCCAGUAUUAACUAAACUCCCAGUCCAAUACGUAACCAAACUGACUGACCUCCCUCUCCUGGUGUCCGCCUGCUCCUUCCCUUCUCCUGGCUAGUUGAAAACCUUUGCUGCUCUGUCUUAUAGCAUUCCAUGACCGUGCUUCCGGGUAUGUGAGGGAGCCCUCAAUUCCCUUAGCCUUAGGCUAAAUGUGUAUACAGAAUACCGCCGAUGCCACCACCACCGCCACCUUCGAUUUUCUCUUCUCCCCCUUUUCCAAGACUUGAAAGAAAGACAAACUGGGGUUACGUGGUUCCAAGAGCAAUGGCCGCCAUAUUGGGAGUGUUUGGCUGAACGUGGGCAAAUGGCUGAGCUGUUAGCUGCUUCAGCAUCGGGUUGACAGUCAACAAUAAGCUGUGCUUUUCUUGUCCAUGACUCACAGUGAUUUAUGUCUUUCUUUGCUUGUGGUGCUGUGGUCAGAAUGUCCCAGGCCCCUUCUACAUUGCCAUAUAAAACCCAGAUUAUCUGCUUUGAAUGGGAUUAUAUGGCAGUGUAGAUAGGGUUCCCAGAUGGUUGGGAAUAAGGGGAAAGUGCCUCCCAACUCAAUUGUGUUGGUGCUCACUGCUUGGAGCCUUUCUGUUUUCAUUGCAAACUGUUUUCUUUGUUUAAGCAAGUAAGUCUCCUGUGUAAACCCAAAGUUCCCAUUCACUGUGGAAAGUGCUCACGGUAUCUUUGAAAGAGUUCCAGGUAGGACCUUUUGUUGGGCCACGAUUGAGGUAGCGGGUGGGGAAGGGGUGCUUCCAUAUUAAGCUGUGUUUGGAGCGUCCACAUGUAAUCCUAAUGUCUAUCCAUAAAUAAGCCCUAAAGUUUAGUAAGACCUGCUCCCAGGCAAGCGUGCAUAGGUUUGCACUUUCAGUCCCUCCCAAGGAUAUCUACCAGAUACCCAUCUUAGGUAUAUCUAGUGCCUCCUUCAGAUGUUGGUGGAGAGGGAUGUUCUCACAUCCUCAUUUCCUUUGGGGUCCAAGAUGAGGUGCAACUCCACUUGUCCUUCAAUCUCAAUGAUUAGAAGUUGGGAAGACUCUGCUGGAAGCCAUUGUUCCCUCUUAUGUCCUUCUUCCUCCAUUUAAGGACUGUUAUAUCCUGAAGGAAAGUCCAGUCACAAUCUCCCAGUAUCUCCCCCGUAUCUCCCCACUGCCCCACUUCUUGGAAACAUGUGUUUUUUUCAGCACACCAACCUUCGUGAAUUCUGGUAUGCCCAUAAGAGUGUGUGCCAACAGCUGUAUCUUUUCUGUAUCGCUAGUUCAUCCAUGGGUUGUUCUUUCUCAUGAGAACAUAGGAUGUCUGUUCUUUUUAGUCUGUCUCCAUUUUCCAUACUGUUCAGGAUCCAGAAAGUAGCACCAGGCUGGACAGGUUGUAAAUAAUCACUGGAAGCCAUAUUUAAGAAGGAGAUUGGACGUUACCUCAGUGUUCAUUUGUUCCCACAAUGGAAGGCUGGUUACCUUUUCCUUUCUUUUGUGUUGUUAUUAUUGACAGCCCCACCCCACCAGUUGGACUGAAACAUUUAAAAAAUACAGCAGUACAUCCCUAACGUUAUGUGAAACAAAUCUACUUCUAAAUAGCAUAAGUGAAUCACUUAUAUUUUUUGUGUUGAUCUUAAUCAUAUAAUGUAGCACUUUGGUUACCUUACGCCGCCCUUUUAAUAAAUAAAUCUAUAUAUUUGUAUUUCAUACUUCUUUGUUUUUUUACAAAAAAAAAUAAUAAUAAUUGGAUAAAUCCAAAUAAAAUACUGUAAACUCACAUGACAGAGUCAUCCCAUGUUAUAUCCUUGGCAUGUACUAUUGGAAACAAUCUCUGAUAAAAAGGCCUUGAGCAUACAACAUCCUCCAAAGACCUUCCACUGUACAUAUUCUGCUAAAUGAAUGGGCCCUCAUGCAAGUGUCUCACAUUGGCACAAUAGGUGUUCCUCAUAGCUCAUACUUCCUCUGCGUGGGAGCUUGCUCCUCAUUAUGUUCACCUGCCCCUGGAUACUAACGUCAGUGAAGAUGUUCAUUGCAUUCCAAAUGUUGUCAUUCAGCACCCCUGUUUUGGGCAGCAUAGGCACCUUUCAGUUGCACAUGAUGCACAAAAGGAACAUCCAAACUUCCUCCAUAAAACUCGUAGGGACCUGAGCCACACACAUGCAUGCAUAUGGAUGCCAAAAUUGUUUGUGUCCUGGUUUCUCUGUCUACUAUGACCUUACUCAUUAUUUUUAUGUUGAAUAUUAAAAUCAGAGCUUGAAAGUGUUCCUAUAAGUAGGGGCAUAAAACUCCUAGAACCCUCUAGCCAGCAAUGAUAAUAGAGAUUCUGGAAAAAUGUAGCUCAAAAAGGAGCAUUUCCAAGCUCUGAGAAAAAUGAAGAUAAAGGGACACAAAUGAUUGGGAGUCUUACCAUGUUGAAAUGGGUUAGAGGCAAGAUCAAGGAGCAGAGCAUCUCAGGGUUGGUUUUGCCUGUUCUGUGUGCUAGGUCCAUGUUGUGGGUAGCUCCACGUGUUCCAAAAUAUUCUAUCAAUACUGGUCUUCUCAUUUCUUCCCAUCCAUCUUGACUGCUCUGAGGAGGCAGGAAAAGUGGAGAAAGAGAUGGAAGGUGGGAUUGACCCAGUUCCAGAGUAGUCUGGACACAGCUGAGGUUGGCAUCCCACAGCAUGACUAGCAAUUGUUAUUGAGCCUGGCUAGGUCGUGUUAGGCACCAUCCAAGUACAUGCUAUAAAUAAAUGAAUUUGUGUGGUUGUGUACGUCAUGGAAUUGUCUUCUUUUGGAGGACAUGAUUUUGGGAUCGUAUCAGAGACACAAAGAUGAGGUUGCGCAUUUCACUAACUGUUUACUCCAUGUUUUGGAGGCUACCAGUGGGCACUUGUUGAAUCAGAUUGUUUAUCUCCCUUCUGACUGAUACUAGGUGCUCUGAUUAGGCAAUGAGCAACGAGCCAUAGAUAGGUCUUUGCCACCAUCUGCUUUCUUAUCCUUUCAACUGCAGUUGGGAUCCUCUGGAUCAGUGGUUCUCAAUCUGGGAUCCCCAGAUGUUUUUGGCCUACAACUCCCAGUAAUCGCUGAAAUCCAAGCCACUUUACUAGCUGUUAGGAUUUCUGGGAGUUGAAGGCCAAAAACAUCUGGAGACCUCAGGUUGAGAACCACUGUUCUGGAUUCAUGAUGUUGUCUCUGUCCCCAAAAGGUUCCUCAGAAAGAAAUCUUGAAGAGAUGUCAUUUGCACCUUUGUGUAUUCACAGAAAAGCAGGUCACAUCAUGAGAGCGUCACUAUUUCAGCUCUUUGUCUGAUGACAUACCAUUUGGUUAACAUACUGAUUUUUCUUGGCCCCAUCUUGUCUUGUAUGUUAAACCUAACUCAGUAAACAGUUGUCUUCUCCUAUGUCUGUCUGCUUGGAGGAAACCAGGAAUAGUUUUAGCCUUAGACUCAGGGAUGAAUGAGCUUAGUUUCUUAGUUGUGGAGAGAAUCUCUUGCCAUGAUGGUCACAAACAUCUUUUCUCUUUCUCUCUUCACCAAGGAAUAAAAAAGUGGAGGGAUUUGUUGUGCAUUUUUGUAGGAUGAUGACCUAGCAAAUCUGUAGCUUGCCCUGUGGAAUUUUAUCUCCUCAUUUGUACAACAGUCACACGCUGAGAUGACUUGUGAGGACAUUUUUGUCAUCAGCAGUCUUCUGAUGUUCCUUUGCCUUUUGUUUUUUCCUUUGCACUGGUUCCAAUAAUACACUGGUGGCCAACUUUUAAAGUAAUAUAUGCGCACACAAGUUGCCCACUUGCAGUAUUAUAUCUUCUCACAUGUUGCCAUGCAGAGUUGCUCCUUCUUUGCCUUGAGAUUGUUUGCUGUUUUUCAUUUUUUAAAAGAGCUGUGAAGUUGUGUGAGUUUGUGGUUUUACUCCAUUUGUGUGAGCAGUGUGCUAAAUCCCAUUGCAAGUUCCAGUAAGGUCUGGCAAGGGGAACCCCAUGGUCCUCCAGAUGUUGCUGACCUACAACUCUCAUCCACUCUUGGCAGCAUAACCAAUGGUGAAGCAUGCUAGGUGAAUCCUCACUUGCCUGUGGAAACCUCACUGGGUGACCCUGGGCAAAUCAUAUCCUUUCAGUAGCAUCCCAGGAAAGCAAAGGCAACCCAAUCCCCACAUUUGAACAAAUCUUGCCAAGAAAACCCAGUGACAGGUUUGUCUGUGGUGACCGUGAGUAAUAAAUAACAUGAAGUCACACAGUGACAACAGUAAUUCUCCUUUAUGUAAGUUGUGGGAUACACAGGGCAAAUGUGAGAAAAAACUCUUUCUAGAAAUCUCUUUACAUAUUGUCAUGAAAUGGCAAACACUAAAAGUUUAGCAGAAUUCUUCAGUAGAUUGCUCAGAAGUUACUCAUUCCCCUCCAGCUAUUGCUGUAUCCCAUAAGCUGUACAGUCUUUGUCUUAGAAAGAUGAGAGUUGUAAUACAUUGCAGUUCAGAGUAGAACCUGAAGCAAAGCCAUUUCUCAACUGACAUGCAUGCUCUCAGUAGGAGGUUGUCCAUUGGAAUCUGUCUUGGGUGAGUGACUUGUUUCAUUCCUGCUCAAACUUGAAUGCAUGGUUGUCUGAUUCAGAUGGACCUAAUGCUAACUUUGCCUUAGCACAAAGUCCAGGUUGAGUGCCCAUUAUCUGAAAAUCAGGAAUCCAAAAUACUCAGAAAUUGUCAAUGUGAGCGGCUGAGAUAGUGAUGUUUUUUCUUUUUGAUGGUUCAGUGUCCACAAACUUUGUUUCGUGCACAAAAUAAUUUUUAAAAAAAUGUGUACAAAAUAAUCUCCAGGCCAGAUCUACAAAGUGUAUUACGAAAAGCCAUUGAAUUUCAUGUUUAGACAUUGAUCCCAUCUCCAAGAUAUCUCAUCAUAUGUAUGUCAGUGUUCCAGAAUCUGGGGAAGGAAUCUAAAAUGAGAAAUUCUUCUAAUCUCAAGCAUUUUGAAUAAAGGAUACUCAACCUGUACUUCCAUUUGUGCUAACUUGGGCAUCCAGUUUUCCCCAAGUUCUACCUCAUAUCCUAUCCUGUUCUGAAGGUUCUUUCAAGUUCAGGACCAAUUUUUUUAGAGUCAGUUGGGGAGUAUACAUUAUUAGAGGGUAGAGGAGAACAAGGCUUGUGUGUCCUGCUUGAUCUAAGAACAAGCACAUUCCAGUGUGUCAAAGGGUAGUUGUUGAAUGAAUGUCACCCACUGUAGAUGAGUGACAUUAGGAUAUGGACAAAUUGUAGGCAUGUAGGCAGGUCCUAUUACGUUGUGGGUGUGAGUGUGUUAGUUUUCUGCUCUUUGAAUAAAGAAAAGAUGGGAAAUACCUAAAGUGGCUGUUGAAAAGCCCCAGUUUACAGCCCUAAAGUGGACUUGAGAGCUCCUCAAGAAACGUGCAGGGAAAAGUGAACUGGAGGUACUGACAGCUUAUGGUUCAAGCAUGUUAUUUUAGGACAGCCUCCCCAACCCCAGGAAAAUGGGCUGCCCUUGAAUGGAAGACACUUUUAUAUCUUCAGAAGAAAUAAUGGAAAUGUGAACAGCAGUUCACUAUGUGCCACCACUUUAAAAUAUUCUUUUAAUUUUCACAGAAACAAGCCACAGACGUGCAGUGCGGUUGGGUUUGCUCUUAGUGAGUUAGUUAAUUUUAAAAAAGAUGGAUUUUUUAUUCUUUUGCAAAGAGGUGCUUAUUUUAUCUCCUCUGUUGGUUUGACAUUAAAACUAAUGGCUUCUCCCUCUUCUCAAAUAACAUUUGCAGGCUGAAGUCUCCUACCGUCACUUUUAAUGUUUGUUUUUUCUGUAAGAAAUAUUGAACACUUUCCUUCCCUUGUUGCCCAUGUUCACACCAUGGUAAAAAUGGAAAGUAACUGAUUCAUCAUCUCGUGACUGCCACCCAUGUUAAAGCCAUGGUGAAGAUGAUUGAAGUUUUUGGAAAGUAAUGGAAGAUACUCAUCAACUCAUGAAAAAGUGUAGGUCUUCUCAAACUACUUGAUCUUUAGAUGGUAACACUUGGGGAGGUAAAAGGCAAUAGGCAAAGGCAAGGGCCAUGUUAGUGGUGGAUAAAGUCAGUCAAGGAUGCUAUGGACAUGAACUUGCAUCUCCUCAGCAAGGCUGUUGGUGGCUCUUGGAGGUCUUUCAGUCCUAGGUCCAUUUUAAGUCAAAGGUGACCUGAUGCCAUCUAGCUUGUGCUACAUUGUUGUGUCUUCAGGUGUAGCCAUGUUGGCUAUAAAGGAAAAUCCAAAAUCCACAAAAGAGUGAUAAGUUUAUUGGCCAACCAAAAUGCACAAAAUAUAUCAUGAAAGCUUUUGAAGCUUCAUUAGUUUCUUCGUAGACAAAGAUGUUAAAAUCAUACAGGAGAAGAAAAGUUAGGAUGUUAGCAUCACAGGCCCACAUCUUGUCUGAGAUGUUCCUUCUGUUGUCAGUUAAGAUGGUCAAGAGGGAUCUCAAUACAGCAGAGCUACCACUUCCUAUUUGGCCAUGUGGGGAUUAGGGAUAAAGGGCAAUAGAAAAUCAACUCCAUUAGCAAGUGGAGUUGCCAGUCCCAGGGGAAUGCAGGAAAGACCCUAUUUUGCGCAACGCUGUUAUGCAAUUACUAUGGCACUCGUAGAGUGUGUGAGCCAUCAAGUUUUCCAUAUCUUCCACCUCAAUGAAGUCUAUAUGAUAUCACUAAUGUUUAGGACUGAAGUAGCUCUUAAUUUUAGAUCAUUCAAGAUGCCCAGGUUUUCUCUUCCAUAUUUUUGACUUUGGAACUGCAGUAUGACCCCAGGGAAUACGUUCCCGGACUUUGUGUGGACAUGUGAAACUAUGGACAAUAACAAACCCAAUUGUUUUCAAUGGGGCCAACAUGGAAGUAAUGAAAAUUGGAUAUAGCUUUCACAAGAGGCUCUACGUGAAUAACUGAAUAAGUGAAAUCAUGGGUAAGUAAAACCACAUAGAUCGAUUCUGUAGAUAAGGGGGUCAUACUGUAUUCUAAACUCCUCUCCAUAUUUCUGAAUCUUGCUUUGUGAUCAACUUUAAGAUUGUGACAUAGAAUAACAUUGAGAUGUAGUCUUCCUAGAGUAAAUGGAGCAUGGUAUUCAACGCCUUCCAAAAGGAUCCAUAUUAAUAUGCACAUGUGGACCUCCUUUUAUGAGCAAAUGCCACUUUAUCUUCUGUUCAGUCUUGCCUUGUUUGGUUGUGUUCUGUUGGGGAAAUCCAAGCUUGCUUAGAGGUGAUUAAGAAAUGUGAGAUUUUCUAUCAGUAAUUUCCAUGUUCAUAUAUUUAGAAGAGGGCUAUAUUUAGGUCCAUUCGCACUCUGUACUGUUUUCUUUUCAGUAAUGGGACUGGAAAGACCUCUAGGCAAUAAUUGUCACUUUAUGUGGGUUUGCCCGUUUUUGACGUCCAAUUUAUCUGGGUAGGUUUUGCUUUGAUAAAACCCAUGUCACAGCUUCUGUCUAAUUUCUUCCAGCACUUAAACACCUUUCUUCCAGUACUCUUAAGAAUCUGGUAUAUUGUUUCUUGCUGUGUUGUUGCAUGUGGUGGGCUUGCAAAUGGACCUGCUACUGCAUUGGUGGUUUUAGGGCGGCCAGUGUUUCUAUAUAGUGUUAGAGUGCAAUCUUUGCACUGAUUUAUGUCAUUGUCCAUCUAUAUAGCCUAUAUAUUGCCCAGCUCUUCAGAGAUCCAGGCAGGAUCUUUUCUGGUCCUUCUGAACCUGUUAUUGAAUUUGGAAAUGUUUGUGGGCACAGCAGUUGCUUUAUCCAUGGGUUUUUAUCUCCUCCCCCCUAAAAAAGAAAGAAAGAAAGAAAAGGCUGGUGCAAUUUUAAUAAGAUCUUGGAUUGAGUCUUCCUGCAGGGGAAAUUCCAAGUAUUUAUAGAUGAUGGAUUUUGUACAAGAACUAGCAUCAAAAUAGGGAAAAAAGCAAUAGCCACCUACAUGCCAUACUAAGAUGAGGAACUCUGAGAACUGUAGUCUGAACAAGUAAAUUUCUCCAAGCUCUGAUCUUGGCCAGUUUUAGCAGGCCUAAGAUUUUCCACUUAAGAACAAAUCCAAUCCCUUGAUUCCUCAGUAGCUGUAACCGAUUGACCUCCCAAAACCCAUAAGUUGGCAAAACCUCUGCUUCUCAGUUCUCCUUUUUUCACUUUUAAUCCCCCUCCCAAAUGUUAGAAUAUUUACUCAGGUUUUUAGUAGCACUGUUGAUCAUCUUGAAAGAUGUUAAUUCUUUUCCUUUAUUGUAUCUUAUUUUUAAUUUGCUGCACCUGGAUUUUCUGCUGUCCGCCUCCUUCCCUACCUCUCUCCUCCCUGUUCUGAAAACCACUGUCUUUGCCGUCCAACCUGUUCACUUAAUGUCCCAUUUGGGACUUGGCAGGAUAAAAGUUCAAACACAUUGUGGCCUUGCUUUGGAGGUUGGGAGAGAGAGAAAAAAACAUUGGAGCCAAUGUAGACUUGAUUGUUGUUCAGAAGAGUGGGAUAUCUAGUCCAUUGUCUUGUUUUCCACUGUGGCCAGAUACAGAUAUAUCUAGGAAGUGAACAAGUAGGUCAUGAUGGCAACUGCUGGUCUUUAUGGAUGUUGUCUGGCAAAAUGGAAUCCCAUAUAAUAAUAUUGACUUAUAGAUUUGCCUAGACUGCAAUGAUAGCCCAUAAAAUUUGUCACAGUUGAAAAACAGUCAUCUAGAGAGAGAGCAUAGUGCCAAAAUAUUGAUAUAAUCUUUUAUGCAGGAUAUUAUUUCUUUUGUGUCUUGGAUACAUCUUCUGUUGGAAUUGUGUUUGGAUGUCCAUUUGGGCAGAUGCCAAAUUUAUGGCCAAAAUGUUUGAGUCAACUGGUUGGUUUGGGGUUCUGAAUAAUAAUCCUGUAGAUCAGUGGUUCCCAAACUUAUUUGGCCUACUGCCCCCUUUCCAGAAAAAAAUAUUAUUCAAUGCCCCCUGGAAUUUUUUAAAUUUUUUAAUAGCAAUUAAACAGAAAGAUAUAUGUAUUAAUGCAUAUGGCAAAUGCACCUGUGGCCAUCACCACCCCCCUGGAUCACUGCAGCGCCCACCAGAGGGCAGUAGCGCCUACUUUGGGAAUCACUGCUGUAGAUGGUAUUCUAGCAGAGGGAUUCCUAUGUUUUUCUCCAGUGACUUAUAAAAUCCCCAUGCAAUAUUUAAAUAUUUGUUUUCAUAAUAAUGUUGCAUUGUCUUUCUAGAACUCCACCUUGAUCUUUGGAUCCCCAUUCUAUGAUUCAGGAAAUCCGGAGAAAUAUUCCUGCGUUCCAAGAGAUUCUCCCAAACCAGUAAGAUUCAUAUCCCCAAGAGCUUUUUAUCUCACUUUGUCAUGUCUUUGACAGACAAAGUAUGGUUCUCCUUGAAAUGUACGCCUCACAGAUUUUUAGUGGGAAAUGGUCACAGUACUGAGAUAAGGAAAGCUUCCCCCAUUUCUAGAUCAGACAUAACCAGAUUUCAACAAUGAGAUCUUCAGGAAUCUUUGGCUUCCAUUACCAAUUGUCUUGAUGGACUUCCGUGAGCCUUCUGAAUGCUCUGCACAUCUCUUGUGCCCCCCUCUAUUUGUAGUUUCCAUUUCUUUAUAAAGUGCCUAUUAUGAGUAACCCGAUUUUGAUGGUGAAGGGGAGGCACCAAUGGAGCUUGUGUUUUUCCCUCUUGAGAUAAAAAUGAAACAGAAGGCUCUCUCUUCUCUGCAUGCCUUCCUUUUGCAGAAUUUGGAGCAGGGAACCCAGAAUGUGAAUCUACUGCUGAAAAAAAGCUGGAAUGAAGCCAUGAUUGCUUCCUCCAUUACCCUCCUCUUUUUCCCCUUGAAUUCUGUUUCUGAGGAACCUCUUCUAAGGCUCUUUUUGCAUUGUUAGACAGAUAAUUUCAAUUUGUGAUUUUGAUGGUGGGUGGGUGGGUGGGAUGAUCUUUCCCAAGUUUUUGUAGAACAUAUGUAUCAUUUGUACAUGACCUCCGAUGUGUAGCAAGGCAAUCCUUCAGACCCAGUCCCUAUUAUGAAGCUCUGUUAGGAGGUGUCUCUCAAGUUCCAGGUCUUGACCAUAUGCUUUUAUUGCUGUCUACUCUACUGUGAUGUUUCCUAUGCAGUAUCUUAGUUUGGUUCAUGAAAGUGGCAGCUCCUACAACUGUUGCCUUGUAUACCAACCUGAUAUGAUCAUAGCAUCUGGCACAGGGUAACAAUCCCCACCAUAACAGUUGUGCUCCAGAUAAGAUAGGCAGCCAUUGUGAUUCUGUCCCCUUUGCCCUGGCCAAUCAUUAUUAGUAUCCCGAUUCUAAAUGGAUGAUGCUUUGCUCUAAACGGGAAUGGACUGUGUGGCCCUCCAAUGUUGGAAGAGUAGAGUUCCUCACUGCAACCCCACAAAUCCAGUUGAUAAACCCAACUAGAAUAAAGCAUUGCAUCUACUACUGAAUGGUAAUGCAGCACUUCCAUAAAAUCCAUUGACUGGAUAAAUUGACUCUAGCUGAGUCCAUCAACCUCUUAUUUGUGCAUUUAAAUACCCCCUAAGGAAUCUUUUCUUCAAAAUGACUAGCAUUUGCCGCAGUGUGUGGCUCGCAUAUAUUUAAUCAGGCUUCAAAAAUGUGAGUUCGAGUUCCCCUGCCCACAUUGAAGCCUGCUUUCUGGUGGAGUAGUUAAAAAAUUCUCCCUAAAAGUGGAAGCCCAAGGAUUGCAGAGGAGGCAGCCAUGACAGUUAAAGUGGAACUGUAGCACUAUAACUGGGUUGUGUAAAUAGACUCUUACUGAGCAUCCUGCUUAGUUGUUGAAAUGACAUAAUAAGGACAGGGUUUUCUUCAAAAGAGGGAAUUGUGUGGGCAUCAUUGGAAUUGACAUCACAUGAGUCAACUAGCAAUCUCCUUUGGUCUCCUUACGGUACUGGUGCCAAUGUAGAUAGCUGGGAGUGGGCACUGCCCAAACACUGGAUUUGCAAUGAUUCCCCCUUGGAAGGAUCCCAGCAAAGCUUUGCGGUGCAGGCAGAGAACAGAGUUAAUUUUAAGACUGUGUGGUGGCAACACUAUGCUUCUUUACUCUUGAUCCUCAGUUAGGUGCUAAGCAAGUGUGGACGUUGGGCUCAGCUAUCUUUUCAAAGCCAGCAGGAAAAAAAGGAUGUACCCUAUAUACUGAGCAUGGACAAACUUUUGCCCUCAGAUAUUUUGAACUUCAACUCCAGACUGUUAGGAAUGAUGGGAAUUGAAGUCCAAAACACCUGGAGGGCCAAAGCUUGCCCAUGCCUGCUAUAUACUCAUGUAUAAGUCCAGAAAGUGUCAUCAAAAAAAUUCUAUUUUAAUUAUGUUAUUUGUUUUAAAAAAUCCUUCAAUAAAAAAUAUUUCAAAAAUCAUCAACCCCCAAAAUAUGGGCUGGCAUAUUCAUGGGUUGAUGUGAAGAUUAUACCUUGCCUUAUCCCUCGCCCCGCCCUCAAAAAGAGGAUCCAUCUUGUUCUCCGAGCAGAGAAAAGGAAAUAACUCAGUCCAUCCUAGGAUAACCUAAAGGAAGCACCAAUCCAUUCUCCUCCUUCCACCAUGGUCUUUUUAAAAUGCCUAGGUGGGGAAAUGUUGGUAGUGAUGACCAGUCCCUGAGUUGGCAUUGGUGCAUCCUCUCCAUGGAAUGACUCUCAACUUAUCCAUGGGUCGUAUCGAAAUCCACAAUUUUGGCCCCAAAACCUGCCCUGAACGUACCCGAGGUGGACUUAUACAUGAGUAGAUAUGACAAUGAUGAGCGUCUCCUCUUGCCCUAAAGUCAAUAUACAUCAACGGCGCCUUGGCUGGAUCCCUGCAUCCAAAUGAACUGGCGGUGUGUUAGAAGCCCUGGUUUUCAUUAUGGACAGUGUCUGUGUUUCGGCAGUAGGAGAACAACAUUGUGGGGAGGAGCAGUGAGCAUUGUGUUAAGAGCUUUUCCACUCGAAAGUGGGACAGGAGUGGGAUGGGAGCAUGACCUGCGUGGAGGGAGAGGGCAGCAUUCGCCUCCAGUCUCUUCCUCUGUCUGCGUACUGACAAGGCAACCCAUGUCUCAAUGUAGCAUAAAUGGCAUUUUGCUAUAAUCAGAGAGGGAGAGAGUACGUGAGUCCCAGGACUUCUGUGUGUUUGGUUUCCACGUUGUAUCCCCCUCCUCUCCCGCGACUGUGGUGGCAAUAUACCCCCUGUGCCUGGUCUUUUUGUCUGCCAUACUGUGUUCAGCCUACCUCAAGAGGUAAACCUGUGUGUCUCACUGUCCUGCAAUCGCAAUCUUCUUCUUUUCAGCACCUAAUUUUCCACAUGUAACACACACACAAACACUGGAAUGUAUGUUUGUCUCCUUCCCAUCCGACCCCGUUCCCCCUCCGGUCCCUUUGCUGUUGCCACACCAACUCCUCUUGCAGAUUGGAUGCUGCUUUAAAUGUGAAACAGAAGAAAAAUAAAAUAAAACGGUUGUUUUAAAAAGCUAUAUAAGGAAGAGAGAGAAAAAAAUAGAGAGAAAAAAAUGUAAAAAAAAAACCUGAAUGAAAAGCUAAAGCUGAAUUUAUAAGCCUUGUUGCAUAUGAGCCAAAAGUGCAAAAAGCUCCGUAUAAUAAACUAACCUGCCACUCAUAUAAAUAUAAAUAUAUAUAAAUAUAUUAAAAGAAUCAGACUGUUCUACAAAAUUGUGUAUUUGUAUUUUUGUGUACGUACAAUUUUCUGCUAAGCAGAAGGAGGAUGUAGUAUAGGAUGAUGUGUGAGAGACUUUUUUUUAAUCAAAAUUUCUUUUGCUACUUAUUUUUGUUAACAUCCAUUAUGCCUGUCUUUGUCUUCUAUAUGUAUGACACAGUUUUGGAAAAAGCUGCAGCCUCUCUCUCUGCUCCUCUUCCUUCACCCACCGCCUUUGUUCCCCCCCCCCCACAUGUUUUUUCCAAUUCUCUAUUUCAGUUACCCCAUUUUUUAUGAGACCUAUGACCUCUGCAAAGCAUUGAAUGACAGAUCGCGGUUAAUAAUAAUAAUAUAUAUAUGUUUAUGAUUUUUAUAGGGAGCUGAUUGUUAUAUGGACACCAAGCCCAACAAUAGAACUGAUUGGUGUGUUGUCUAAGGCUUACAUGGCCAGAAAUCACUGGGUUGGUGUGAGUUUUCCAGGCUGUAUGGCCAUGUUCCAGAAUACUUCAGGAACAUGGCCAACUCACAGCAACCCAGAACUGAUUGGCUCUAGUUUUUCUUUGUCUAAGGGAGAAACGGGUAAAAAUAAUGCAGUCCUUGGUCCGCUUUUGGCCCACCAGUACUACUACUGGCCUUCAACCACCCCCCAAAAUUGGGAAAACGUUUAUUUAGCUAAAAAUUCCUUUCACAGACUUAAAAUAAUACCGCUUUCCCCAAUUUCUUAAACUUUGGCUUUGUCCCAAUCUUACAAACAUCAUGCAUUGUGUUAACAGAACCAUGUAAGGAUUCCCCAACCACUUAUGGGAUCUAGGCCAAGGAAGGCAUUUGGUCAUGUUGAAAUCACUGCCAUCGUUUAAAAGCAAAAUGGCCACAGUUGCUGUUGAAAUGCCCAAAGCACAGGUUGUUUCAGUAAAUCCCUACAACAAACCCCCAGAAUGGGGGCAGGAUAGGUUUCGUUAAGAAGCAUUCGUUUCAACAGGUUUGUUUUUUUUUGACUGAAUAGACAAAGUGGAUAUCAUAAUAAUCAUAGUGGUUGAUGUCUCUCCCUCUUUCUAAGGACACAAGUAAAUGUCCAUUCAUGAAUUGUUUCAGUUUAGGGAUCUUUUCACCUUCUCGGUGAAAUGCAACUUUCUUCUACGAACCCAUAUUAGUGGGAACCAGGACCAUUGCUGGUGAACCCUAAAGUACCUUUUCUUCCAGAAUUGGUUAGUGCCUUGAGGUUUUUUUGUUUUUUUUUGGGGGGUUUUUUUGCUUCCAGGAACACAAAUGAACAUUCAAAAUACAGUUAAAUUAAUUUAAAUUUUAAACUAAUUUAAUUUAAAAUUAAAGUGCUGUUUGAUUUUUCUGGUUUACUUCUGGAAUUACAGCAAUGAAUGUUCCUUUCGGGAAAUCCUUUGUUGUUAUUUUCUUCCAAAUGCUGAAUCGUAGUGGUGAAAACAUUCCUUUUCAAGAGUUGAACCCAAAGUUCUCUGUCUUUCUCAAAAUAACGUAAGAAAUGGUCCUGGGUCUUAUUUUGUUCACUCGUUUUGAAAACGUAGAUUCACACAAGAUCAUGUCCAUUCAUAUACUUUAAAAGAGGUCCUGUCUUAACAAGACACGCUUCCUUCUCCCCCUAUUUUCCCCCCAUUAAAAACUAAAUGAAUGUCCACGCCAUUUGCCCUUUCCUCUUCUUCUACUACUUCUUCCCCACAUCGAGAGGCGAGAGAGACGGUGCCGCUUUCUCCGUAGGGCUCAUAUUUAUACUGAUGUGUACUGACUGUGGCAGAGGUCCCUUGUUUCUGUACGUGAAUGGAGAAAGGGAAGAAACAAGUGCUCUAUUGUAUUGAUUAAAAACUAGUUUAAGAAAAUAUAAAACGAAAUGAGUCCCGUAUCAUUGUAUCUCCUAUUCUGGAUUAUUAGUGCCUUUUUGGACAGUAGACUGUUCUGUAAUUAAAUUGUAGUAUAACUGCUUUUUUGUACAGUUUUGUUUGAAUAAACUUUUUUUAUUUGUGUUUAUUUUAGUAUUGUACCUACUAGAAAAUUAAAAUGUAUAACUGAAAAGAAAA